UUGCUUUCGUGUUGUCGGAAAGUCGGUGAUAAGUAGGUUCUCUGGUCUCUGGCAUGGGCAUUUUCAUGUGUGUUUGAGAUAAAAGCCCAUUGCGAAAUUAGAAUAUUCUCGGACAUAACCGUUCAAAGCCGAUGGUACCGUGCUUUAAGUGUCGCCGCGGCGUCUGCCAUUCGUGGACCCCCUGCCCUCUUCGCUUUGAGUUUUCUAUUAUUAGCAGCUUUUCGCUUCGAAAGACUUCUGUUUGACCAUUUUGUGAGCCGACAGCAGAAGCUUCCGAACAACUCCAGGCAGUCGAAAAAGUCGGUUCGCCUUGUCGGCAGUUAGUGCAUGUGUCUGCAUUUGAAAAAAUCGAUGCCAGACUGCAGAAACUUCAUUGAGAACGAAAAGGAGUGAGAAGAUGAAAGCCAACAGCAGAAAACCUUAAGAUGACGAAUUUAAGGACCUAGAAAUAAAACUGCGAGGAAGGUCGAGCAAAACCUCCAAUCACUUUCACUCAUUGCAUACAUGAACAUUAAAACUGCCGCCGAUAAAGCAGCGUCGCUGACUGGGAAAUUGUAGUUAUCAAAAUAUCCGACAUCAACAAAGAAACCACUGCCGACGAGCUCUACCGCCGAUGGUUUAAUGAACAUCCCAUAAUGGCAGCGGCACAUGAAUCGCCUAAAGCACGCGAUUCGACCAACGUCGAGACUGAGCGGACGUUUCAGCUGGAGGCAGGGCAAUCCUAUGACACAAUGGCAGAAUCUCAUCGCGCAUUCCAUUCCCUGGAAUUGGAGGCGGGAGCGGAGGUAGCCGUAGAUGCCGCUGUUGAAGCUGACUCAAAAAGACAAAACGAUAAUCAACUGCAGUCGUUGGAACCCAUUUCCUUGGAUGACAUACCCGAACCAAUAAAAGUCCUCGACGAGAUUAUUUCCGAAUUUGAGGAGGCAGCAACGAAACCAGUGGCCUUGAACUGCAAUAGUGGCGAGAAUCAGUCCGAGGACGAUGGCUACAUGAGCCUAAGUCGCAAGAACAUGUCCAAAAAGGAUUCCGAAGAUGUGCCCCAAACACCCAGCACAGACACUGUGCCAGAGGGAAGCUUCAACGAAGUGGAUGGUACGGCUGAGAAUCUAACUAAAUUAUCUGAGGUUGUACACGGACAGGAAACUACAUCGCCUCUCAUUCAGACAACGCUGCCAAAGGCUAGAGGAUCUAGCUCAACUCCUGCCGUAAGCUCAAACUACUCUAGUUUACCGUGCUGUGGUGUCAGGGCUUCGAAUUUGGGUGGAGUUUCUGCUGCCAAUUCAUCAAGUGGAUUGUCAGCCAUCCGGCAUCCAGGCAGCUGCAACGGGGGUCGCAACGCACUGGGCAUCGACAUUAGCGCUGUUCAUAACGCUGUUCUGCGUGGUAAUUUGGCGAAGCUGCCGGAACCAUUCGUCAACGAACAUCCAGUGACGAUAUACCCAGGUCCCUCUUCUAAGACAGCCGUGGGGGAGGGAGCUCGCUGCAAGCGACUACUCAGCUCUGUCGAAAAGCACAAGGAAGUGUGCCACAUGCUAAAUCCACUAUCCAGCGGCUCAAACUCUUCGUCCGGGGAGGCUUCGCCUGCUGCGUCUCACGUCAAUGUGGCGAAAUCAAAAGCUGCUGCCAGGGAUGACGAAUAUUCGGAAGAUUCGCUGGAGGAGUCAACCAUCUCUACUGAACUUACACCCGUUAAACAGAACGGAGUCGCCUGGGAGAUUCACUUUAGAAACAGCAAGAAGAAAUCCAGUGGCUUCAAAAAUACGUCUGCAUCUAAAACGGUGCGAUCGUUAAUAGUUUUUAACAUCGUUAAGAAAAGCAACAAUUUAGACGACAGUUUCAUGUACAACGAAAGAAGCAUGCUGGGCAAAGGGACUUUUAUUAUCCGUCGCUCCACAGCCAAAAAACCGCCUCGUGUCACAGAUGUAUUUUGUAUACCAAAGCCACCACGUUCCUCGUUGGCCGAGGGAGUCGGGCCAGAGACCAAAGUUGGAGCCGGGGCGAUCAGUAAUGAGUUCUACACAAGCGAUAGCGAGCAAAGCGAUGCCACACCCCUACCACCACCGCUGCCACCAGCUUCACCUGACAUAAACUUCGUGUACAAGGAGUGUGAGGCUAAUGUGGAGCAUACACGCCGGGGAUUGGAGAUGGUCGUCGCACACCGAGCGAUCUUAUCUCUUGAUAUCGAGGCACCAGAACAACUUGGCUAUUGCAAGCCUGUGAAGAGUAAGACGGCGAUGCUAACAGAAAAGCGCCUGAGUGCCGAGUCCAUGCCGGACAACACAUCCAGCAGCGAAGAGUUCGAAGAGGCUCGUCUGAACGGAAUCGGCAGCUACGAGUUGUAUGGUUACAACGGUAACGAUCAGCGAGCUUCCAAUGCCACCACUCCGCAUACAGAUUUGGCCCCAACUCUGGAGGAGGACGAAGAACUUUCAGAUUUAAGCUAUGGGUGUGCUCCACUGAUGCAAAUAGAGCAUAACAUCAGUGCUUUGUUGCGUGGAGACCUUCCAAUUAUCGGCCAACCGGCUGAGAGGAAAGGAGGUGGGCUUACUGGUGCCGCAACGACAGCUGCCGAGCAGCAUGCAAAGCGGGUGCUAGAAUUUCGACAUGGCGUUCACAAGUCUGAAAGCGCCAAGGAGAUGCUGCUGUCACAGAUGCCCAGUUUGGGCCCACUGCCACCAUCGCCGCCGAAUUCCAACCCGGAUUUAUUUGACUACAAUGCCCCUCUUCCACCGUCACCGGUGGAGCCGCGAAAGCAGCUAGAGCUCCCUGUAGUGCCGAAUGCCCCUCCCGCGAAUCGGGGCACUACCGUAGUGGAGGUGCAUGCCACCGCCUCUGGUACGGCGGUGCACAGUAGCAACAGCCACACUCGCCGCAGUCGGGACAAUAUCGCCUCUGUGCGUCACUUUACCGACGAGCUGCCACCGCCUCCAGCGCCUUCCCACCAAUCGGCCAGCUUCUUAGAGGGCAACGGCGGACCACCUACGGUCCCCCCACAUCGAGUGACUGGAGGUCAUUCGGCUAAUACAAUGAAAUCCUGGAGUAUCGACUCGCAAUACCGCAAGAAAUCGCCAAAGCUAUUUGGUCAUUAUAGCAGCGGUGGCAGUGGGAUAACCACACCCACUGGUCUGGGACCGAUUGCUCCACUGCCCCCUCCACAUUUCGACGGAAUGGCAGGUGGAUCUGGGUCCUACCAUCGUCGUUAUAUUAACUAUGGCACCAAGCGCAGCCUAAAGCAGUCGCCGCGCGAAGAGCAUCGCCUGCAAACCUCAUGUAGUCUUCCUGAAACGCCAAUUUUUGCCAGAGGCUGUGACAUACCACGUACCCCAUAUCGACGCCAAAAUGAGCCCCUGCCUGUGGUCAGUGGCUCCCGCACAGCGCCCAGAUCGAGCACAUCGAACAGCAUCAACAUGGGCGCUUCAAUUUUGGGGAUCGGAGGUGGUAACUAUGGUACAGCCCAAAUUUGCCGUCAGCGCUCAAUAAAUCAUGCCUUGGCCUCCAACGAAAUGCUUCGCAUGACCGGGGCCCCGGCUCGAGGAUGGUAUCCCAAGCAACGGGGAAUGCGACCCGUCUCCACCGAGAACAUAGAUCGAAUGGCUUCCAUGCGGGUGUGGGACAAUCCGACGGUCAUGUCGGGCACCGGACAAUCUCGUAAGCCUUUAACACUGCCACCAAAUCUUACACCUUCCUUCUUGAAUAAAUCACCCCGCGAGGCUCUACGGCGUGUUACUAGUUUGCUGAUAACCAAAAAAAAAAACAGCAAAGAUCGAAAACAUAAGGCGUACUGCGAUCAGCUUAUGGAUGAUAGCAACAGCAAGCAUGUCUAUGAAUUUGAAUCGGGAUCCACCACGCGAAAGGAUACCAAUCGCAAAGACAAUGGAGCCUCGGGGGCGACCACGAAUAACAAACCUAAAAAAAAGGGGCUUUUUAAAUCUCUUUGGAAACGCUCCAAAACGGUCUCUUUAGAUCAGUAAAAAUCCCCUCUUGGAUAUACCCCUUGUUUUAUAUACACAUACAUAUGUGUAUAGUAGCAUCGAAAAUUAUAAUAACCGUGCAUUAACUUCUAUCGGGUCGAAACCUGCCAGUUCAUCUUUGCACUCACCUAGUCACUCACCUGCUCAUUCGAUCAGCAAAGCGCUUGUGUUCGUUCGCCUUGAAAAAAUACAUAAAAUUUCGUAUUGGUCAUACAGUAAGAAGACAAUUGGAAAAUUCAAAUGCACAAAAGCCGUGAAUCGUAAAGACUGACAAUGAAAAAAACGCUAAGAAAGAUAAAAUUAAAUUUAAAAAAUGGCAAAAUAAAUAAAAUGAACCUAACAAAUACAAACAAGAUUUCACUCCUACAAGUCAAAGAAAAUAAAGUGUAAAGUGAAUGUGCGGUCAACACUCAUCUUUUAAAAUACUAUUAAAGCAAUUACUGUAGUUAUAUGACCAAUGAUCGAAUAACCAAAAUCUAACCGAAUACACGCAGCAUUGUGGCGCAACAAGAAAUUUAAAAGCACUGAAUUAGUUUAAAUCUGUAUACAUACUCGUAUAUGUAUGAGGAAUAUAUAUAAAUAUAUAUAUUAUAUAUAUAUAUUAUAUUAUAUAUUAUUAUAUAUAUUAUAUAUUAUAUAUUAUAUAUUAUAUAUUAUAUAUUAUAUAUGUAUAUAUAUAUAUAUAUAUAAUAUAUAUAGUUUGGACUACGACUAAACCGUUUAGGGUUCUAGGCAAGAACACUUUAUUUCUUACAUCAAUUUAAAGUUGUGCAAGGUAUUUAAAGGAGCUAGAAACGGGCAAUAAAAUGAGAUAUUUUUUUUAUCUCAUGUAAAUUAUUAAUCGAACAUCUGCCACGCCCCAGAGUGCAACACAGGAAAAUCAAGUUGAGAUUAUAAAAAAAUUCUUAAAACUGAUACGUAUAGAAUUUCCAAAAACUGAAACAGAAUGAAGUUAAACCCUCCACAUUUUAACGAAUGUUUGAUAAUAAAAACAAGAUCGAGAGUAAUUUAAUACAUAAAAACUUUAAACUUAUAAAAUGCUCAAGACGAUUUUACCAGAGAAAGCUUUUCUCAAAUUUUGAGCAAAAAUGAAGUUGAGUGGUUGGAAAGGAAAAUUGCAAUAUGUAAACGUUUACUAGUCAUUAAAUAUAAAAAAUGAACCAUAAAAAAUGUAUAAGAAAGAUAACAUAUUUUUUAUUAACACUCAGUGGAUGCCAAAAACAUAAAUAUUGGAAUCAUUUUAUCAGCGGGAGCUGUGGCACUCAAAAACAAGAUAAAAUUAUUAUUAACGAAUUGUAUUACAGUUACAGCUAUUACAUCCAAAAUGCUUUUAAGUCGUUGAAGGCAGUUGUUUUCAGGGUAUGGCCAUGGAUUCAGAAGCGUUAAAAAGAUUUUUAUGGGACCGCUUUUUUUAUCGCGAAACAAAUUACAAUCAUGUUCUACCGAAUUUAUCAAAACAAAUUAAUGUUAUCAGCGACUUAAAAGUAUUUUUUAUUUAUUCCGUUCAAUGAACUAGUGUUAUUUGAUAUAGGAAGUUAAUAAUUUUUAUAAUUAACUAUUAAGUUACAUAUACAUAUUUGUAAAAUUAAUUAAUUUACCAUUAUGAUAUAUAUUUUUUAGAAAAGUAGCACAAAAGAAAUAAAAAUGACUAAAAAC